AUUACACUAUUCCAUGGUCUCCCUAAUACAUAUAUUUCUGUCCCACUUGCAGAUGUAACAGCUCUAGUUAUCCUAAUAUCUCACAUAGAUCAAACUAAUGAUCUCAUUUUUGGAGAUGAGGGUGCUUUGAAAGGUCUAAAACCAGAUACUGUUCUUAUUCUCCGUUCCACCUUAUUACCAUCAUUUCUCCAUAAACUGGAGAAGGAUCUAGCAGAAAUUCAUGAGAUUGCUUAUGUUGUUGAUGCAUAUGUCUCUUAUGGGAGAUCUGAUGCUUUGAAUGGAAAAGUCAUCAUUGCAUCAUCUGGAAGACUAGAUGCAAUUGCACGUGCACAUCAUAUUCUUACUGCAAUGUGUGAAAAGCUCUUCACUUUUGAGGGUGAAAUUGGUGGUGGCAGCAAGGUUAAAAUGGUAAAUGUGAUGCUGGAAGGCAUUCAUUUCAUCAAUGCAGUGGAGGCUCUCUCUCUUGGUGCCAAAAUUGGAAUUCAUCCUUGGAUAAUCUAUGAUAUAAUUUCCAAUGCUGCAGGAAAUUCAUGGGCGUUCAAGAAUUAUUUACCCCUUUUGUUGAAGGGAGAGGUUAAUCUUCAAAUUCUGAACACUUUUAUUAAGGAGUUGGAAACCAUUUUGAAUAUGUCCAAGUCACUUACUUUUCCGCUUCCAAUUUUGGCUGCUACUCAUCUACAACUUAUUCACGGGGCUUCACUUGUUGAUAGUGGAGAAGAUGUUACAGUAUUGACCAAGGUUUGGGAAAAGGUUUACGGGGUUAAAAUUUUAGAUGCUGCAAAUGCUGAUGCGUAUAACCCAGAGCAACUGGCAUCUAAAUUUACUACUGAUUCUAAGAGUGUGAGAAGGAUUGGUUUUAUCGGCCUUGGAGCUAUGGGAUUUGGCAUGGCAACUCAUUUACUGAGUUCAGAAUUCUGCGUUGUUGGUUAUGACGUGUAUAAACCAACCCUAAAACGAUUCACAAAUGCUGGUGGCCUGAUUGGAAAUUCUCCAGCUGAAGUGAGCAAAGAUGUUGAAGUUCUCAUAAUUAUGGUCACAAAUGAAUCGCAAGCAGAAAAUGUUUUAUUUGGAGAAAAUGGUGCAGUUUCAGCUCUUACACCUGGAGCAUCUAUCAUUCUUUCUUCCACGGUUUCCCCUGCAUACGUGAGUCAGUUGGAGCAUAGAUUGCAAAAUGAAAGUAAGAAUUUGAAGUUGGUGGAUGCCCCGGUUUCUGGAGGUGUUCAGAGGGCCUCAUUGGGAACACUUACGAUAAUGGCUUCAGGAAGUGAUGAUGCCCUUAAGAGUGCUGGUCAGGUCUUAGCAGCCUUGAGUGAGAAGCUUUAUAUCAUCAAAGGUGGUUGUGGUUCUGGAAGUGGUAUAAAGAUGAUUAACCAAUUGCUUGCUGGAGUUCACAUUGCCGCAGCUGCUGAGGCAAUAGCAUUUGCAGCUCGGUUGGGUUUGAAUACAAGACCGUUGUUCAAUUUCAUUACAAUUAGUGGGGGAACUUCCUGGAUGUUUGAGAAUCGUGGCCAACACAUGAUAGAUAAUGAUUACACACCAUGUUCAGCACUUGAUAUCUUUGUGAAGGACAUGGGAAUUGUUACUCGUGAAUCAUCAUCAUGGAAAGUUCCACUUCAGCUAUCAACUAUUGCUCACCAACUAUAUCUGGCAGGUUCUUCUGCUGGCUGGGGACGGAUUGAUGAUGCUGGUGUUGUCAAGGUUUACGAGAUGCUAACUGGUGUAAGAGUUGAAGGAAAACUUCAGACACAAAGGAAAGACACUAUGUUACGUUCUCUUCCACCAGAGUGGCCCCAAGAUCAUGUUCUUGAUGUACAAACACUAAAAGAAAGCAAUUCAAAGAUUUUAGUUGUAUUAGAUGAUGAUCCGACAGGAACACAAACUGUUCAUGAUAUUGAGGUAUUAACAGAAUGGACUACUGAGUCACUGAUUGAGCAGUUUGGGAAAAGUCCAAAAUGCUUUUUCAUUUUGACAAACUCCAGGUCACUUAGUUCCGACAAGGAAAUGGAAAAGCUUGUCGUUGAAGUACAAAGAAAGAGUGUCAUCACUGAAAUGCAAUAUUUGAGCUGAAUAAAGUUUUGAACUGAAAUACAUACGACACCUUAAUUUUAAGCACCAGCCA